CGAAAUGAUUAAUUCUGAAAGGCUUCUGCCUUGGUGUCACUGGGGUUUGUCACCUGAGGACCUGAGCUGUGCCUGUGACAGAUGGCAGUGGCCCGGUGAGCAGCGACAGCCACGGGACAGCACGGAGCCCAUGGAAUAGAGGAGCUCAGCAACUCCGAGCAGGACCGGGGCCAGCCCGAGGCAGAGGCAGAGCCGGACAUGCCAGAGCCAGCCCCGCUCGGCGGGGACAGGAAAGCGGCGGAGAAGAAGCGGGUGGAGAAGGUGGGAGCCAAGGGCAGCGCUGCCGGGCCGCCAGUGCCCAGGAGCCUCCCCGUGCCGAGCAAGGCGGAGCCGCCCAGCCUGGACCCCGCGGAGGAGCCGCUGCUCUGGGAAGGGCUCACCCUCAACAAGUGCAUCCUGGUGGCCUCGGUGGUGGCCCUGCUCAGCGUCACCUUCCAGGUGCUCCAAGCCCCAUGCUCCAAGGACGGACUCGCCCGCGGCCGCCAGGAGCCUCCGCCCCCUCCCGUUCCCGAGGUGGUGAGCCCCAAGGUGGAGAUCCCAGAGGCGGUGACUGCCCAGCCUGCGCCGCCUCCAGAGAGCAGCGCGGUGGAGGAGGAUGAGGAUGAUGAAGACGGUGACGAUGACGAUGACAGCGAAGCUGACAGCAACCUGGGAGAACCCUGGAUCUUCAAGAAGUGGUUUGGCCGUGCAACACCAGAGGAUGAGGACAAGGAUGGGGACAAGGAUGAAGACAAGGAUGAGGACAAGGAUGAGGACAAGGAUGAGGAUGAGGACAAGGAUGAGGAUGAGGACGAGGAUGAAGAACCUGCAGAUGUCCCCGAGGUGCCAACAGCUGUGAUGGAGGGGAAGAAGAGCCAGGAGAAGCAGGAGAUGAAGGGCUGUGAGGUGGGACUGGUGGGUACCAACCUCCAGCCGUGCCUCCCCACUGCAAACCCCGAGCAGGUGCAGCCCGGACAAGCCCAGGAGCUGCUCCCAAGGGUUCGGCUCCGCUGGAAGAUGAUCGGGGGCGGGCGGCCCGUGCUGCCGCCGGCGGGGACACACGGAGCAGGUGCUCUGGCAGCCGUUUGCCCCCGCUCCCAUUAA